AUGAGGCUGAUCGGGCUGAGGAGAGGGGCGGAGCUGCUGCGGGUCACCGGGCUGGCAGAAUACAGCACAUCUUACAGAGUACUGUCUAGUUUGUCAAAUGAUAAAAAGGACCUCAUCCAAAACGGGCCAGACUUGCAUGACUUUGUAUCUGGAGACUUAACAGACAAAACCACAUGGGCUGAAUACAAAGGAAAUCUGAAGCGUCAGAAAGGAGAGCGGUUAAGACUCCCACCUUGGGCAAAGACUACCAUUCCAAUGGGUAAAAAUUACAAUAAACUGAAGAAACACCUUACGGAACCUGAAUCUCCACACUGUAUGUGAAGAAGCUCGGUGCCCCAACAUCGGAGAGUGCUGGGGUGGUGGAGAGUAUGGCACUGCUACAGCAACCAUCAUGUUAAUGGGAGAUACAUGUACCCGAGGCUGCCGCUUCUGUUCAGUAAAAACAUCCAGACAACCUCCUCCACUGGACCCAGAGGAGCCAUACAACACUGCUAAAGCCAUAGCAGAAUGGGGACUGGACUAUGUGGUUCUCACAUCUGUGGAUAGAGAUGAUCUCCCAGAUGGAGGUGCUGAACACUUUGCUAAAACUGUGUCUCACUUGAAAGAAAGAAAUCCUAAAAUACUUGUUGAGUGUUUAACACCAGACUUCCGAGGCGAUACGAAAGCUGUAGAAAUCAUUGUUCAAUCUGGUCUAGAUGUCUUUGCUCACAAUGUGGAGACAGUGCCAGCUUUACAAAGGUAUGUACGUGACCCUCGGGCUAAUUUUGAACAGUCUGUAAGUGUCUUGAGGCAUGCAAAACACAUCCGUCCAGACAUUGUAACAAAAACCUCCAUCAUGCUGGGUUUAGGAGAGACAGAUGAGCAAGUGUAUGAGACAAUGACAGCUUUGCGAGAAGCAGAUGUGGACUGUCUGACCCUUGGCCAGUAUAUGCAGCCAACUAAACGUCAUCUAAAGGUUGAAGAAUAUGUCACACCGGAAAAGUUUAAAUACUGGGAAGAAGUAGGGAACAAAUUAGGAUUCCUUUAUACAGCCAGUGGACCUCUGGUUCGAUCAUCCUAUAAAGCAGGUGAAUUCUUUUUGAAGAAUUUGGUGGAGAAAAGGAAGACAAAAGUUGCCUAA